CAGACAGCUUGAUGCGCUGACCUAACAAAGCUACCGAGGUAAGAAUCGUUGUCGAAUACCACAAGGAAGAGGUGUAAUCUGUCACGGGCAAGUGUUAACCGGGGUGGCAAGUACAUGCUAGAUAGGCAAACGAAAGUCUUCUCGUCGCAGAAGAAACUCUUCAGCAGUUGAAACCAUUUGCUCCGGUUACGUUUUGUGUGCGCGCGUGUCGAUCGUGAAGAAAACGAUCACCAUUUGUUGUGUUCAAUCGCUUGUGAAUAGAAUCGGCAAGUUCUAUCAUGCAUAAAAUUCUACAAUAUCUUCUCAGUUUGGGCUUCCUUUCGCUCGGUAUGGCUGACUUCAUACCUUGGUUGAUUGUCCCAGAAACGGCACCGACGCGUCAUCAACUUAUCAGUGGCAUUGGUAUACCGGUCGGCACACCGGAAUCAAUCACCAGUGGAUGGGUCAUGAAGGCCCAAUACUUUCUGCCCACGAAGGUGGACGAUCUAAAGCCAGAGCUGUGGGAAAACUGGAACGAUAGUCGGAGGGCACUUUCGAGGCGAGAUCUUUCUGGGUUGGAUGCUCCUGUAAGGCUCACUGAGCUCCCGGUUUCAGGUGGACACGAGCAGUACGUGGCCAAUAGUGUGUCGAUACGUGAGGAUCCUCUGGACCCAAGUUCCCAAGAGGCUAUCUCUGAUGAAUUAUUUGAUGAUGGAGACGAUAGCUACUGGAAGGAUGCAGAGGAUGAUCAAAUUUUACAGCAACCGGAUAAUGGAUUGUGGCCGGCAGCGAAGGAAAUCGAUCCGAGUCACCUCGAUGGUUACAGUGCCGAACAGUCCCGUUGGACGACGUACAAGGCGAUGGAAACAUUAAGCCAAAACUAUGGCUUACCGGGACGGCCAUGUGUUUUGCGCAGUGUGUGUGAGUCAGCAGGGGCACCGUUUACCCACACCGGUGGUAUUUUUGCUGAGCUGCUGCACAUUGUUUUUACUCCCUCGAGCACGGCGGAACCAUUGUCGGAGCACCGGGAUAACGAAUACUUCCGGGCGGAACAACUCGGUCGCAGUGGUGCACCCUGUGAGCGUAUCUUUGCCGAGUGUGUCCACUCGCUGCUGGACAUCUUUACCGGGGUGCAUGAUCCGGAAACGAACGCGAUGCGGCUGUUGCACGAUGAGGUGCGUGCCUUUCUAAUGCGAAAGUGA